UCUGCAACUUUCAGAAAGGACUAUUUCCAAACCCAUGGAUCAAAACCAGAGGACGAACCGAGCUUAUCAGUUUCAUCCCGCGAGAGCUGCCAUUAUCGACCUCUUCAAUCUCUACUUAGGGAGAAAUCCCCGUCAAAAAUUAGAUGAUGCUGUUCGAGAACCCCCGAACAAAACACAAAAAAGGGUAACUGCUCUCAACAGAGAGCUUCCUCCUCGAAAUGAACAAUUUCUUUUUGAUUUUGAGCGACUUCAAAGCCAGUUUCCGGACCAGGAGCAACUGCGUGCAAUGACGGAAUCUGUUCUGAUUUCUUUGGUUGUGCAAUGUUGCAGUCAUGCACCAAGAGCAGAAUUUAUUCUGUUUGCUAUUCGGAGCUUGUGCAACAUAGGUUAUGUAAACUGGGAUUCAUUCUUGCCUAAUCUCCUUUCUUCAAUUUCCACUGCUGAGGCAUCAUAUGGACAGGGUAAUCAAGCAGUUGGUGCUGUGUCAUCAAGCAAUUUAUCUCAAUCUGGUAUCGGUCCAUCUUCUAGUACAGUUACUAAUCCUACUAAUUUUCAACCUUCAAAUCCUACCUCUCCUUUGCCUUCAAUUCAUGGUAUGGGAUCUCCUGGCCAGUCUGCAACAGAACCAGCAUCAUGUGCCACUCUGUCACCAGUUAAAUCUUCUGAUGUUUCCUGCACUGGACAGCACAUAUCCAGGGCCAAUCCAUCACUCACAGAUAAUUCUAUUAGCUGUCUACGUCAGCUGUCCUGCACAAUUAUUUUAGCUGGGAUCGAGUCCAAUCUUAAGCCAGUUACUUAUGCUGACAUUUUCUCCCACAUGCUGAACUGGCUAGUAAAUUGGGACCAAAGGCAACAGGGGCUUGAUGAAUGUGAUGGUUCAAAGGCCUGGAAACCUGAUAGGGCUCUUAAUGAAUGGCUGCACAGUUGCUUGGAUGUAAUUUGGCUGUUGGUUGAGGAGGAUAAAUGUCGUGUGCCCUUUUAUGAACUACUUCGUAGUGGUUUUCAGUUCGUUGAAAAUAUACCUGAUGACGAAGCCUUAUUCACACUUAUAUUGGAGACCCAUAGGAGGCGAGAUAUGGUGGCUAUGCACAUGCAAAUGUUAGAUCAGCACCUCCACUGCCCCACAUUUGGAACCCAUCGGUUUAUUACUCAGGCGUAUCAAAAUAUCUCUGGAGAACAAGUUGCAAACGUGCGAUAUGUACCAAUCACAUAUCCUAGCGUCCUUGGUGAACCAUUACAUGGAGAGGAUCUUGCCAAUUCCAUCCAAAGAGGGAGUUUGGACUGGGAAAGAGCUAUGCGUUGUCUGAGACAUGCUCUUCAUACUACUCCAUCUCCGGACUGGUGGAGGCGUGUGGUUCUUUUGGCUCCUUGUUAUAGGCAACCUGGACAACAAGUUUCAACUCCUGGCUCAGUUUUCUCUUCUGAAAUGAUUUGUGAGGCAACAAUUGAUAGAAUAAUGGAACUAUUGAAGUUAACAAAUUCAGAUACACAUUGUUGGCAAGAUUGGCUCAUAUUUUCAGAUGUGUUUUUCUUCCUCAUGAAGAAUGGGUGUAUUGAUUUUACUGAUUUUGUGGACAAACUUGCAUCACGAAUUACUAAGGGUGAGAACCAAAUUCUUCGAAGCAAUCACGUGACAUGGCUACUAGCUCAAAUAAUUCGAAUUGAGAUUGUGACAAAUGCUUUAAGUACAGACCCCAGGAAGGAGAUUGUGACAAAUGCUUCAAGUACAGACCCCAGGAAGGUGGAGACUACUCGAAAGAUGCUAUCCUUUCACAGAGAAGAUAGAAACUCUGAUCCAAGUACUGGUGGUCCUCAAAGUAUCCUGCUUGACUUUAUAAGCAGUAGCCAAACAUUGCGUAUUUGGUCAUUCAAUACUUCUAUUAGAGAAUUUUUAAGUCAUGAACAACUUCAGAAAGGAAAGCAAAUAGAUGAGUGGUGGAAGCAAGUCACUAAAGGAGAGCGUAUGCUGGAUUUUAUGAAUAUGGAUGAUAGAUCAAUUGGGAUGUUUUGGGUUCUUUCACAUACCAUGGCCCAGCCUGCUUGUGAUGCUCUGGUAAGCUGGUUGGUUGCUCCUGGAGUCCAAGAACUGUUGCCAGGAUCUAAUGUGCAAGGUGGUGAGAGGGUGAUGAUGAUGCGGGAAACGAACCCAUUGCCAAUUUCUUUGUUAUCUGGCCUUUCUAUCAACUUAUGUUUGAAACUGGCAUAUCAAAUUGAAGAUUCCUUAUUUGGUGGUCAGGUCAUCCCUAGCCUUGCAAUGGUUGAAACAUAUUCUCGGUUGCUGCUGAUUGCACCCCACUCUAUAUUUCGUCCACAUUUCACUGCAUUGACACAGAGGAAUCCAUCCAUAUUCAAUAAACCUGGUGUAUCCCUGCUCUUGCUUGAAAUUUUGAACUACCGUUUACUUCCACUUUACAGGUACCAUGGAAAAAGCAAGACCCUGAUGUAUGAUGUCAUAAAAAUAAUUUCUAUGCUAAAGAGCAAACGUGGAGACCAUCGCGUAUUCAGAUUGGCUGAAAAUCUAUGCAUGAAUCUCAUCUUGUCGCUGAGAGAUUUUUUCCUGGUGAAAAAAGAAUUGAAGGGCCCCACUGAAUUCACUGAAACCUUGAAUAGGAUAACAAUGAUAAAUCUUGCCAUCACUAUCAAAACCCGUGGAAUUGCUGAGGUUGAACACAUGCUUUUCCUUGCACCUCUUUUGGAACAAAUAACAGCAACAAGUCAACAUAUGUGGUCAGAAAAGACUCUACGUUAUUUCCCCCCAGUUAUCCGUGAAGCCUUAAUGGGGCGGGUGGACAAAAGGGCCCAGGCAAUUCAGGCGUGGCAGCAGGCAGAGACGACAGUUAUAAAUCAAUGCACACAGCUUCUGUCUCCAUCAGCUGAUCCUUCAUAUGUUAUGACCUACAUUAGUCAUAGUUUUCCUCAACAUCGGCAGUAUCUAUGUGCUGGCGCUUGGAUGCUUAUGCAUGGGCACCUUGAAAACAUUAAUAGUGCAAAUCUUGCACGUGUCCUGAGGGAAUUUUCCCCUGAAGAAGUAACAUCCAAUAUAUACAUACUGGUGGAUGUUCUUCUUCACCAUAUCCAUGUAGAACUGCAGCGUGGACAUCUCUUACAGGACCUUCUAUUAAAGGCUAGCGCGAAUCUUUCCUUUUUUAUUUGGACCCAUGAGAUUCUUCCUUUGGAUAUUUUGCUUCUAGCACUUAUUGACCGUGAUGAUGAUCCCCAUGCUUUGCGGAUUGUGAUAAGUCUACUGGACAGACAAGAGCUUCAACAGAGAGUCAAAUUGUUUCUGAAUCGUGGGUCCCCAGAGCAUUGGCUUAACUCUGGAAUUUUUAAGCGUGUUGAGUUGCAGAAAGCUCUGGGGAAUCAUCUGUCUUGGAAGGAUCGGUAUCCCCCCUUCUUUGAUGAUAUUGCAGCACGUUUACUUCCAGUCAUCCCAUUAAUUGUAUAUAGACUAAUUGAAAAUGAUGCCACAGAUAUAGCUGAGAAAGUCCUAGUUGUGUAUUCCUCAUUUCUUGCUUACCACCCACUGAGAUUUACGUUUGUUCGUGAUAUUCUUGCAUACUUCUAUGGUCAUCUUCCUAGCAAGCUUAUUUUAAGAAUAUUGAAUGUACUUGAUCUGUCCAAGAUCCCACUGUCCGAGUCGUUUCCUCAGCACAUUGCUUCAUCAAAUCCUGCUACCUGCCCGCCUCCAGAUUAUUUUGCAACUCUCUUAUUAGGCCUCGUGAAUAAUGUCAUUCCUCCUCUACAUAGCAAGUCAAAAUGUAUGGGGGACAUUUCAAAUAACUCUGUUCGGGGACCACAUAACAAGACUCCAGCAUCGUCUCAGUCUGUGCCAUCAAAUGCAUCAGAAAGCCAGAAAGCAUUCUAUCAAAACCAGGAUCCUGGAACUUAUACCCAGCUUGUUCUUGAAACAGCAGUAAUUGAAAUCCUCUCACUUCCAGUGCCUGCUUCUCAGAUAGUAUCAUCACUUGUUCAAAUAAUAGUGCAUGUUCAGUCAACACUAAUUCAGUCCAAUGGUCUGCAAGGAACUCCAAGUGGUGCUGGGCAAGGUUCUGUCCUACCAACUUCUCCUUCAGGUGGAAGCACAGACUCCUUGAACACCAGCAGAUCAACUCCAUCCACAUCUGGAAUAAAUGCUGUCAACUUUGUCUCCAAAAGUGGUUAUACGUGCCAACAAUUAUCUUGCUUGAUGAUCCAAGCUUGUGGUCUUCUAUUGGCUCAGCUCCCUCCAGAUUUUCAUAUACAACUUUAUUUAGAGGCGUCACGUGUAAUUAAAGAGUGUUGGUGGCUCACUGAUGGUAAAAGAUCGCUGAGGGAACUAGACUCUGCUGUCGGCUACGCUUUAAUGGAUCCAACAUGGGCUGCUCAAGAUACCACCUCAACAGCCAUAGGUAACGUAGUUUCGCUGCUCCACUCUUUCUUCAGCAAUCUUCCACAGGAGUGGCUGGAAGGGACACAUGCAAUCAUUAAGCAUCUUAGGCCACUGACAUCUGUUGCAAUGUUGAGAAUAGCAUUCCGUAUUAUGGGUCCACUGCUCCCAAGGAUUGCCUUUACUCGACCUCUUUUCAUGAAGACUUUAGCCUUAUUACUUAAUUCAAUAAGUGAUGUGUAUGGGAAGAGCUCACAACCAUCUAGUCCUACCGAGGCAUCAGAAAUAGCAGAUCUCAUUGACUUCCUUCAUCACAUUGUCCUGUAUGAAGGGCAGGGAGGACCUGUACAGAGUAGUAGCAAGCCUAAGUCAGAAAUAUUGACUCUUUGCUCAAAAUUAAUGGAGUCCUUGCGGCCAGAUGUUCAGCAUCUUCUUUCCCACUUGAAGACCGAUCCGAACUCCUCCAUUUAUGCUGCAACCCAUCCAAAGCUGGUUCAAAAUCCUUCAUAAUGGUUUUGAAUGCUUUACAUUUUUCUUAUUCUGAUUCUCCUUGGUCUUGGACUCGCUGUUGAGCAAAAUGAUGAGUGUUAUGGCUCACUUUUACACAAGAUGGAGGUGCUGUUUAGGGGAUGGUUAUUGACGCAUACCCUUGGUUAGGUUAAGCAGUUUCAAGCAUGUUUCUCAUCAUUUUGCUUACCAGUAAGCCAACUUUGUAUUAUG